GCGCCGGCCCAAGAGCCGGGAUUGGCGGGGCCGAGUGGCCAGUCAGAAGGCCGCGCGCGGGCUAGGGCUGGGCGAGCGCUGGGGCAGCGAGUGGCUGUGGCCCGUUGGCGCCCGGAACCCGCAUCGAAAUGGGAUGGGUGACUGACGUGGGAACGGAGAUGUCAUUGUUUGGGGCAAAUGCGAAUAGGGUUAGCUAGUCCCGUCUUGCUCGGCCCGGUCCCCGCGGGACCGUCGGAGGACCUUCGGAGAUGCCUUUCUGUGGCCUUCGCUGGAUGAAGGAAACGACAGAAAGCCCAUGGGGCGUUUCCUCCAGUUGCUUCACAGGGCGGCUUUCAGUGGCCUGUGUAAGGGGCUCGCCAUCCUGUGUUUGGCGGCCGCUGGCCCUGGACGUCAGUUUCGCUCGCACGCCUUUCAGAGCACGGACUGUAACCGAACGCCGCGGGGCUCAGAGCGCUGCGUUUCUCCGUCAGCCACUCUGCCAAAUUUUUGCCUCUAAAAAAUUAGCCUUUGAUCAAGGCCGAUAUUGUAGCCGAGAAGGCCUCUUCAUAGCUGCUUUUUCCCAUGACAAAAAACAAAAGGGUUUUCCCUUACAUAUCAUGUUACAAUUGUGCAAAAAUAAUCUGCUUCAGAUGAAAGCCACUGCUGCUUAUUCCUGGUGUAGGCUGCUCACGUAGUACAAAUGUAUAUUACAUAGGCUGACCGAUAACCCGAAAGAGGAGCCUUUCAAUAAAUGGUGGAGUUAAGGUUUCUGAUUGAAGAUUGGAUAAAGAAUUAAUACAGAAAACUAUGGAGCAGUACACCACAAACAGCAGUAGCUCAACAGAACAGAUAGUUGUACAGGCUGGACAAAUACAGCAACAGCAGCAGGGUGGUGUGACUGCUGUCCAGUUGCAGACUGAGGCUCAGGUGGCAUCUGCCUCAGGCCAGCAAGUUCAGACCCUCCAGGUAGUCCAGGGUCAGCCACUGAUGGUACAAGUGAGUGGAGGCCAGCUAAUCACAUCAACUGGUCAACCAAUUAUGGUACAGGCUGUACCUGGAAGCCAAGGUCAAACUAUUAUGCAAGUUCCAGUUUCAGGAUCACAAGGACUUCAGCAGAUUCAGUUGGUCCAGCCUAGUCAAAUUCAGAUUCAAGGUGGACAAGCGGUACAAGUUCAGGGCCAGCAGGGCCAGACACAGCAAAUCAUCAUCCAGCAGCCACAGACAGCAGUAACAGCUGGCCAAACACAGACCCAGCCACAGAUUGCAGUCCAAGGACAACAGGUAGCUCAGACAGCAGAAGGUCAGACAAUUGUCUAUCAACCAGUUAAUGCUGAUGGGACAAUUCUUCAACAAGUUACAGUCCCUGUUACAGGCAUGAUCACCAUCCCAGCAGCUAGUUUGGCUGGAGCACAGAUUGUUCAGACUGGAGCCAACACCAAUACAACUAGCAGUGGACAAGGGACAGUAACAGUGACUCUGCCUGUUGCUGGAAAUGUGGUUAACUCUGGUGGAAUGGUCAUGAUGGUGCCAGGUGCUGGAUCAGUGCCAGCCAUCCAAAGGAUACCUUUGCCUGGGGCUGAGAUGUUGGAGGAAGAGCCUCUGUACGUGAAUGCAAAACAGUAUCACCGGAUUCUGAAAAGAAGACAAGCAAGAGCCAAGUUAGAAGCAGAAGGAAAAAUACCUAAAGAGAGGCGGAAAUAUCUUCAUGAAUCCCGACAUAGACAUGCGAUGGCAAGGAAACGAGGAGAAGGGGGACGCUUCUUUUCUCCAAAAGAAAAAGAUAUGCAGGAUCCUGGCCAGGCAAACGAAGAAGCUAUGACACAGAUGAUUAGAGUAUCCUAACAACCAACUAAAUAACAAAACAUCUGGACAAAUAUCUUGUGUCUCUGCAAUUGUUCCCUCACCUUUCUAUCAAAUCAACUUCUGAAUGGGAAAAUUUGCUACAUGCACAACCUUGUUCUUUUUCAGAACAAAUAAUACACUUGCAGUGAGUGAUUUGUUUUAGGCUUUUCAAUGCAGUGAAUUCAAUCAACUGAGGUACUAAUGGAGUGUCCAUUCACCCUUCUCAGACCGGGGAUUGAAAAUCUGGCUCAAGAGACCUUUAGCAUUCUUGGCAGGACAAUGGCUCAGCUUGAUAGCAAUAGCAAUAACUGACUUGUUAAAGGAAAACUAUACCAUUUGGAAACCAUGGGGUUUGAACCACACAGAAAUACUAAUAUUUGGAACAGCCAGAGCUGACAUGUUUAUUUUCUCAGUGUGAUUUUUUUGGUCUCUCACAGACUCAACUUUUUAUUACGAUUGUUAUUACUUUCUAGCAGCAUAACUUUCUAUUGUUGAAGCAUAAUCUCUCAUAAAAUCUUGCCAAGGUGCUGAAAGUUGUCCUUGAAAUACUGUCCAUCAUAUAUCUGGGACAAAAUUAAUCUCAUCUCAGGGAAUGGCCUUUGGGGGAGGGGUAUCUGAUUUUAUGGCUAGUAAAGUGUUUUGUAGCUGAAUUGUGCUUUUGACAGUUAAAGUUCACUAACCUGCUCCCCUAGAAACUGAUUGUGCAGGUUGUGAAUGCCUGCAGUUAUGCAAACUAGUCUUUUGCCUGGACCCAUUGAUUUUCUGUGAUCAAAGGAUAAGAUGCAUUACUGAAUUAUGAACAUCAGACAGUAUGUAAGGACCAUAUCACUCAUCUAACUAAACUAUAAUAACUGUAUCCUGUCAAAGUUCAGACUGCUUUGGAUAUGAAAAUAUAAACUCUUUUCAAAUUUUACAUAUAAUGCACUUUGUAAAUCUAACAAUUCAAAAUCUAUUUCCUGUUGUGAAGAACUCUUUCUUCCCCUUGGUCCUGUCUAUAACAGUUUUAUGUUUUAUUGUUACACAAAACUGCAAAACCAUGAUUGUUUUUUGCAGUCUCACUUGAUCACUCAGAUUUUGACAUCAGAUCUGAGAUUCAUACUGGCACAUAUAGCUUUAUUUCAUUUGUGUAUCUUCCAUUACUUAUUUUGGUAAAUGCCGAGAGGUCUGCUUUUGUAUGUUCAUAGGCUUCUGUUCAGCCCUUCGGCUGCUCAGCAAAUCUGAGAGUGGAGGAAUACUGGAGUAGGUCUGUUAUGGAAAACAGUGAGUUAAACACAAUGCUGCAUACAAAAAAAAAAGUGGCCUGGUAAUUGACCAAUACAUUUUUAAAGGGGUCUUGAGAUUUUAGAAAAAGUGGUUCCUUACUAAAAAAAAAAAAAAAAAGUAGAUAUUGGUCCUCACUUAAUUUUGUUGUAGCUUGGAGAAGUCUGCCUUCACAAAAUUCCUUUUUUACUUGAAAUAGAGAGUUCAAAAGUGAAAAAAAAAUCAAACAACUGGUAUUUAAUAGGCUGGUAAACCUUUGGAAUUAGUUUUAAAAAUUUUCAACUUGAAGUUGGGUGUGGACCAAAUUUUAAGCAGUUGCCGAUUACAUGCAGUUUAGUGCUAUAACUUAAGCUCUUGGCAGCAAAGAGAUUUGUUUCAUUUGGUAUCUGUAAAGUCCUAUUUAAGUCUGCAUUAUAGCUUGUAUAUUUAUAAAUGUGUUUCCUUCUGUCUUUCUGAUUUUUCCUUUAUAUUUUCAGUAUACUGAGUAUUUGAUUAUUGUCCUGUUUUUCAGCUGGAUGCUUCAGCAUGUAGCAUUUCUCUUCACUGUUUUAAAUAACAAAUAUCUGAUUGGUAUUUAAGUAAUGGUAUUAGUAAAGGAACAAUAAAUGCUUUGUGGGUAGGGAAUGGAUUUUCUUUUCUACUAUUGCUGUAUAUUGGCCUUCUUACAUCUUGUAUCUUUUAGAUGUAUUAGGUCUAUCACUCCUACAAUUCCCAUUGACAAUUCCCAAAGGCUAUGCUUUCUGGGAAUUCUUGGGAUUGAUCCCAAAAUAUCUGUAGAACAUCAGAUUGGGAGGUUGCUGUAAAUAUUAAAAGCACUGAUGCAUUUUGAAAUAAUGCUGAGCAAGGGGAAGAUACUCUAUUGUUUGGGUUAGGGAUUUUUCUUCCCGUAAAUUCCUCUUUUCAGCUGUCAUUUUAAUUCUGCAUAUUGGGUAUUAAAUAGAUCAAGGUUCUCCUAAUUCUUAUGUAUAUUUAAAACAUAACAAUACAUUUGCAACUUAAAACUAUCUAGCCACUGCAACCUUUACAUUUAUUAAAAAAAAAGAAACAAAAAUGGUCUUUGUGAUAUCUGUAUGUAGAUGAUGCAGAAAACUAUUUAAUUUUUAGUCUUUACAAAAUUUCUAGUUAGUUUUUUUCUGUAAUUGUGCAAAUUACCUGAUAGAAUCUAUUAUUCCAAUGGCUUAGAUUUUUUAAUCUUGAGAAUCUCAAACUACAAGAUGAUGCAAAAUGUUUUGUUUUCAAGCAAAAAGUAAUAUACCAAAUGCAAACUCUUAAUUACAAGUGAAAAGACAGACCAUGAAAUGCUUAAUUGGAAGUAGACUUAAGGAUAAAGAUGUAGUGGGUUUAAAAAAAAGUGUGAAUUUUUAUUUUGAAUUAGAAAGCACUGGAAUGUUGAGCCUAUAUAAAGUGGCUUGAAGUGUAGGGAGGGAAUAGGUAACCCCCAAGUGAUGCUUCUUCCAAAUUUUUGCAUGUAAAAAAACUUUUUUUUCUUUUCUUUUGGGUUGUGAAUGGAGCUGGGGCAUUGAUAUUUGUGAAAUUGUAAUGCAAAGUUUGUAUAUAGUUCAAAAGUUUAUAAUUUUUUAUUCUGCAUUUUGAAGUGUAUUUUGUCUUUAAUAGAUACAACUGUAAGUACUGUGUACACUAUUAAACCAAUAAAAUGUUUAUAAAAUA